AUGGUACACGAGGUAAACCCUCCAAAGGGGCCGCUGUCCUCGUGGAAAUCAAACGAACAGAAACAAGAUAUCCCGUCCACCAAUCCAGAGUUUGGCAAGACGACUCCUUUACGGUCGAUUCAAUCGAAAUCGCAAGUUCCUUUCAAUAUUCCCAAGAACAACCGUCCCCGUGCCGAGCAUCACCGUCCUCCAAGCCGCGUGCCGUCCCAGCCAUCGGAUGGAUCGGAUCUCCCUAAAAAGAGCACAUCAAAGCAACCAUUUGAUCCGUUCAAGCCGGUCAUUCCAUCUACCUAUACAACCCAGCGAUCUCUCGCGUCUUUCAGGGGAGAUGACCAUGUCGUCGAAAUACCGCGUCCGUCACAAUUCACGUGGACCACGAAGCAGGCACCGCCUGCUGUUUUUUCAUCGAAGCCUUCAGCACCUCCAGCAAAAAUGUCAAACUCCUCCAAGACAUUACAGAAGUUCAUGGAUCUCACAGGCAAUGAAGACGGAUUUUCGAGUAACUUUGCACUUCGGUCUACUCAGCGAGAAGAAUUCGGAUCUGCAAAUACAUAUUCCUAUAUCGACUCAGUCAAGGCACAGGAAGACAUAAAGGCUCUGCUAGAAGGUGCCUUUGAAGAUGAGGAAGAUAAGCCUAGAACGAGAGCUAGGAAGAAGAAGGUCGAGGCAGAUAUCAAUGACUUGGCUGCUAAGUUUCAACAAGUUUCCGUUGACUCAAAACACGAGGAUGAGAACAAGGAAGUUGAACAAGAAGAUGAGGAUGAGGAGGAAAUCGAUGAUGGCACCAGAGAGGGACUUAAAAUCAAAUUACUGCCACAUCAAAUUGAAGGUGUCUCUUGGAUACCUUCCGAUCAGACAAAGCUUAAAGACGGCGAGAGAAAAGAUUCUAGGAGACAAUUGCCAGAAGGAGUGGGCAAAGGCACACUAAUUGUCGCCCCUCUCGCACUGAUCAAGCAAUGGGAGUCGGAGAUCGAAGACAAGAUUGAAAAAUCCCAUCGACUCAGAGUAUGUGUCUAUCACGGAACUGGACGGGCCAAACACAGCGCCGAUUUGAAGGACUUUGACGUAGUCAUCACAACAUAUGGCACACUCAGUUCAGAACAUGCGGCUUCAGGGAAAGGACAAGGUGGUUGUUUCAAUGUUCACUGGUAUCGUAUCAUCCUCGAUGAAGCUCAUACGAUCAAGAAUAGAAAUGCCAAAGCGACACAGGCGGCUUGUGCUUUGGAUGCGCAAUACAGAUGGUGCCUCACGGGCACACCAUUGCAAAAUAAUCUGGAUGAAUUACAAAGUCUGAUCAAAUUUCUGCGCAUUCAGCCUUACGACGAACUAAGCUCAUGGAGAGAGCAAAUCACUCAGCCUCUCAACAAUGGACGCGGCGGUCUCGCUAUCCAACGCCUGCAGGUGUACUUGAAAGCUUUCAUGAAGCGACGAACUAAAGAUGUCUUGAGACUGAACAAUAAUCUGGAACCCGAAGAGGGAAGAGCGGAAGAUGGCAGCAAACAAGAAUCUUCGACCGGCUUCCAGAUCGUCAAGCGUGAAGUCAUCAAGAUUGAAACCGAAUUUACCGAAGCAGAGAAUGACUUUUACCAGCGGUUAGAGCAACGAACAGAUAGAAGAUUGUCCCAAAUGAUGGGGGGAUCUAAACUUGAUUACGCAAGUGCAUUGGUCAUGUUGCUCCGGCUCCGUCAAGCGUGCAACCACCCAGACCUCGUCAAAAGCGACCUAGCUGAAGACAAGGAUAUUUUGCUAAACAACGACGGCAAACAAUCCAAGGCUUCGAAACAGGACGAGGAUCUCGACAAAAUGGCGGAUCUUUUUGGUGGCCUUAGUGUUGUCAGCAAGAAAUGCGACAUUUGCCAGGUAGAUCUGACGGUUGCGGAAUCUAAAACAGGAGCUAGCAGGUGCAGCGAAUGCGCGGACUUGGGAGUUGAUCUGAAAACGACCAAGAAAAAGAGGCGCAACACUGACAGAAAGCCGAAAGUCAUAAACCAUACCUCCGAGGCCCGCGAGGCUCGUGCCCGAAGAAACCGACGAGUCAUUGAAGAUAGCAGUGAUGAGGAUGAAAACGAUGGAGACUGGGUUGUUCCUAGGAAUCAGAGACCGUCGUCACUGUAUCUAGGCAAAGCCGGAGGCUCUAAUGAUGAGGACGCCGAGGGCGGAGAAUGGAUCGGGUCCGAGGACUCUGACACCGAAGACGACGCAAAUGAGGUCGUCAGCGUUUUGAGCUCAACCGAAUCUGCUGACGAGGAUGAUGACGGCGAAGGGGAAGACGAUGGCGGACUCGAAAUGGCUCCGUCGACCAAGAUCCGAGCCUUGAUGCGAAUCCUAAGAAAAGAGGCACCGGAAUAUAAAUUCAUUGUCUUUUCGGUAUUCACGACAAUGCUUGACAAAAUCGAACCUUUUCUGAAACACGCAAAUCUCGGUUAUGCCCGUUACGAUGGAAGCAUGAGAAAUGAUCUUCGAGAGGCCAGUCUCAACCAGCUACGAAGCCGCUCUAGCACGCGAAUUCUGUUAUGUAGUUUGCGCGCGGGGUCAUUGGGUCUCAAUCUGACUGCUGCCAGUCGAGUAGUUAUUUUGGAGCCAUUCUGGAAUCCGUUCGUGGAAGAACAAGCAAUCGACCGCGUCCAUCGACUCAACCAAACGAUUGAUGUGAAAAUCUACAAAAUCACGAUCAAGAAUAGUGUCGAAGAGCGAAUUCUAGAUCUUCAGGAAAGGAAACGCGAACUCGCUAAUGCCACUAUCGAAGGCAAAAUGGCUGCUGGCAAGCUCGGGUUGCGUGACAUGAUGGCGCUCUUUGGCCGUGAUGCAGAAUCGCGAUUCGACGAUGAGCGGGAUGCACCCGACCUUACGCAGAAGACGAAAUUGCUUGUUUCUAAAGACGAUGGGUAUGAAGAAUACAGUUCUUCGCGGACCGGCGAUGUCUGGUCGUUGGCUUCCAGCCAGCCCAGUUCCCAGGACAGAAGACGGAGACAGGCUCAGAAGCCCGUUCGAGGGGACGAUUCGAUAUACGGGCGGCGCUGGGAUUGA